ACCCGCAGGGGAAGGCUGCUCCGUGGUCCAGCUCCGAGCGCACAGCCAGCCUCUCGCCAUGCCAGCCUGCUACAAAGGCGUUCUCCAGUAUAAGACAUACAGAAUCAUACGGAUCCAGAGCGUGAACUAUGGCACCAUUAAGUGGAUCCUCCACGCCAUUGUCUUUUCCUAUAUUAGCUUUGCUUUGGUGACCGACAAGCUGUACCAGAAGAAGGAGUCUGUCAUCAGUUCCGUGCACACCAAGGUGAAAGGGCUGGCAGAGGUGAAAGACGAGAUUAUACAGCAUGGAGAGAAGAAGGUGCCCACUGUCUUCGACACGGCGGAUUACACCUUCUCCUUGCAGGGGAACUCCUUCUUUGUGAUGACAAACUUUCUCAGGACAAAAGGCCAGCAGCGUGGGGUAUGUGCCGAGUAUCCCACCCACAGGACACUCUGUCAGUCCGACAAGAAUUGCAGACAGGGAUGGAUGGACCCGCAGAGCAAAGGAAUCCAGACUGGCAAGUGUGUGGUGUAUACAGAGAACCAGAAGACCUGCGAAGUCAAUGCCUGGUGUCCCACCGAGGCAACAGCAGAGGUCCCCCGGCCCGCGCUCUUGAACAGUGCCGAAAACUUCACUGUGUUCAUCAAGAAUAACAUCGACUUCCCCAGCCAUAACUUCAGCAUGAGAAACAUCUUACCAGAUUUCAACAAGACCUGCAUCUUCCACAAGACGAAGGAUCCACUGUGCCCCAUUUUCCGGCUGGGAGACAUCUUCCGAGAAACAGGAGAUAACUUCUCGGAGGUGGCGGUUCAGGGAGGAAUCAUGGGCAUUGAGAUCUACUGGGACUGCAACCUGGACAGCUGGUCCUUCCACUGCCGUCCACAGUACAGGUUCCGUCGCCUGGACGACAAGAUCACCAACCAGACCUUGUACCCUGGCUACAACUUCAGACACGCCAAGUACUACACGGAAAACGGUGUUGAGAAACGGACGCUGACCAAAGUCUUCGGGAUCCGUUUUGACAUCCUGGUUUUCGGCACCGGAGGAAAAUUUCACAUUAUCUCACUGAUCGUGUACAUCGGUUCGACCCUCUCCUACUUUGGUUUGGCCACUGUGUUCAUUGACUUUCUCAUCGACGCUUACUCGAGCACCUGCUGUCGAUCCUGCGUUUAUCGCUACUGCACGUGCUGCAAGGGCUGCGUGAUCAAUGAGUAUUACGACAGGAAGAAGUGCGAGGUCAUCGUGGAGCCAAAGCGGACACUGAAAUAUGUGUCCUUUGUGGAUGAAGCCCACAUCAGAAUGGUGGACGAGCAGCUGCGUGGGAGAAGUCUGCAAGAUGUCAAAGGCAAGAAAGUCCCAAGACCCGUGAUGGAUUUCCGAGAGGUGUCCAGGCUGCCCCUGUCCCUCCCGGACUCGCCCCCCAGACCCGAACAACCAGAGCAGAUGGAGCUGCUCGGCGAAGUGAGGACCGCGAGCUCCAGCGGCCCGGCCUGGUGCAGGUGCGGACACUGCCUCCCGUCCCAGCUGCCCAAGGACCGCCAGUGCCUAGAGGAGCUGUGCUGCCGCAAGGAGUCGGGCGCCUGCAUCACCACCUCAGAGCUGUUCGGGCAGCUCGUCCUGUCCCCGCGGGCCCUGCGGUUCUCCCUGCUCUACCAGGAGCCCUUGCUCGCGCUGGAUUCCGACGCCGCCGACGGCCGGCUGCGGCACUGCGCCUACAGGAGCUACGCCACCUGGCGCUUUGGCUCCCCGGACCUGGCGGACUUUGCCAUCCUGCCCAGCUGCUGCCGCUGGAGGAUCCGGAGGGAGUUUCCCAAGAGUGAAGGCCAGUACAGUGGCUUCAAGAGUCCUUGCUUGAUGGAAUAGGGCUGGGCAGCUGCAAUGACAUUACCUUUGCUUGUACCUUGAGCUUCAACUGCAAAGACCUGUGGCUAGAUUUUUCAGACAAAGGGAAAUGUGCUUUUCUCCACUACAGUUCCGUGUCAGAGAGCAGAGAGACUUGGGUAAAUAAACAAGCAAGCUGGACUCCCGCGGCGUGGACCGCCCAUCAAGAGAUCCCGAUGUCUGCCUCAAUUCUGUCCCUAAGAAGUUGUGUGGUCCUCAGCCUUUAAUCUCUGCUCCUCAGGUGCCUGAUUAUCCAACCUGCUCCCUCACAGAGAUAUUGGGAGGAAAAAUUCUCGUUAAUGCGUAAAGAGCUACAAUACCAAGCGGCUCAUUAUGAGGUCGGACUGGGUUCAUGUCCAACCAUGAUCCAACCCUUUGGGUCCUGGGUCCUGUUGGAGAAAGUGGAGGAUUUAAAGCGGCAACAGAUUCUCUGGCACUUGACCCUCAAGACCUGAGGGGUCAUGUCUCCGCCCCUUGCAUCCGGGUGGCUCUGACCAGUUACGCAAGAGUGGGAGUGACGCUGUGUCAGCUUCGAGGUCUUGGUUUUAGGCAGCUGGCGACUUCCACCACUCCCUGGCCCGUGACACUCCCGCUGUGAAGGAAGCCAGCCUCCAGGGAAAAAAAGCCUGACUGCUCCGGGACCCUGAGGAAGCCCAAGCAGCCACGUGGAGAGGACGGAUCCAACUGGUUCCAGCCCUCAAAUCACACGAGCCCAGUGACUAGACACGGGAGAGAAGGCGGCCAGAUGUUCCCAGAGCCUGCCGACACACGUCUGCGGCUGCCUGAGACACCCAGGGGGGAGCUGACCGGUGGACCCACACAACCAAACUGUUUUAAGACACUAUGUCUUGGCUUCUUUGUUACACAGCGACAAGAUAACUGGGACAAGAGAGCAAGCCUGACUCGUGGGGAUAUACAGACACCUGGCCCCUACCUUCCCUGGUGCUACAGGUCUUGGGGAGCCCGGACCACCCCGGAGCCCCUCAGGGGUUCCUAUGCAGCAGCUAUAGGGGGGCUGCCAACCAAAGCAGGCAACUCACCAGCACGGCCUUGGAGUCCAUCAACUCUAACUACCGAGCUCCCCAGUGCAUUCCGAUGGCACCCCAUUUCCACUACUGGAGGCAACUUAAAGACUGGAAAAGGCCGCUUUGAUGCUUUUAACACCCUGCACUUCUCAGCCAGUUCCAGGGCAUGCGGUCUGGGCGCUACUUAAAGAGCAACCCACGCCCAGACCUUGACCAUUUCUGUACGUCCGCCUCUCUGGGGACACGGAAACGGGUCGCUGCAGGUUUUAGGGUCCUCCUGAGGGAUUUCCUUUCCAUGGUUUCGGCACCAGAACUGACUGCUUCUCAACGACUACUUUGAAGGAUAAAUAGAGACCACCAUUCGACACUGUGACUGACACAGGACCUGUGAAGUUUUUUAUACGUACUCUUAAGAUUUACCAUUUUGAUACUUUUUUAAAACCAGCAGCUCUCUACUGUAUUAAGAUAAGAUGAACAAAGCUCUUCUCUUUGUGAUCCGGGAUUUCAUCUGGCGUUCAACUCAGGAAUCAAGUUAAUUGGGCCAGACUGAACUUUCCUUUUUGCUACCUUCCCAAGGUGUUUUUUUUAAAAGUGGAUUCGAUGUGACUUCAGGACUGAAAUUCCUACUUCCCUGAAUUCCAGUAA